UAAACAACCAGACUCGUCGCUUGUCUGGGCUCGUUGUGGUCUAGGACCCAGUAACCUUGCCUCCAUCUUUGAAUUAAUUGUUCAAUUUAGGAAGGUUGUCAAGGACACCUAUACUGAAGUGAUCAACAGGUCCUACAUUAUGUAUUUUGAAAUCAUGACUUUGAAAAUAGCUCUUUUAUUAAGUGCACGUUUGAACUAAAGGAAAGCGUUUUCAUGGCUUCCAAGUUUGAUGUUCAACAACGAUCAAGUAAUAAAUUCGUUUGUAAAGACAAUUGAAAUUCAACCACUGACUCUCGAGAUUAGCGUUUAGAUGCGUUACCGUGCAACUGCUCGUCACCUUCCUUGUCCGCAUAUCUGUACGGGCUUUAAGCUUACUCUGUCAAAACUUUUCUAAGUUUUCGCCGGGUUUCCAGUACAAUUCGUUGGCCAGUUGUGCCUCAGGGUUAGAAAGGCUUUGUUAAGAGUAAAGAGUAUAGCCCCAAAACUACUAGCUUUGUUCAGGUACAGGUUUUGCAAUGACAACAGUAGCUACCUUAAGGUUACGAGCUGGACAUGUUUCUACAUGUAAAUCAUUUUCAGUGACAAUUUUUUAUCACGAGAUGCUUUGCACAGCAUCCAUAUCCUUGAAUUCUUUAGGUGAGAAUCACGAGAACGGCCCCUUUCUAAAUGUCACACUGCGUGACAUUGCGUGACCAUGCCCCACCUUGCUGUUCUCAAAAUCUGGUAAAGCUUGGCCAAUCAGAUCACGAGGUUUCGCUCGACUCGUCCAAUAGCAAGCCGUAGAGUUGAAUAGCUCGGAAUGUAAGCAAGGAAGCGUCUGUAGAUGAUCACGUGACUUGGACGAGCGUGGUUUUGAGUAGUGUUCGAAUCCACCAUCUUUCUUCGUGCAGAUAUGAUGGGGUUAAGGAGUUUCGCGGCUGGCGUUUGGUUAUUCCACUGCUUGUUCAUCGUGUUUACACUUUCUUUGGAACGUGAAUUUCCUGGUAGUGCUUACCUCAAGUAUGCCGCUAAUGAUCCAACAAUCAACUCUGAUGAAGACAAAUUGACUCUUCAGUUUAAGACAGUUGAACCUUCGGGACUGUUGUUCCAUACCCAGAUGGGUGGCGGUCAAAGUGGAGACUUUGUCACGGUUGAGCUCUUUGGUGGAAGUUUAAGGUAUGCUGUGCGACUUGGUGGAAAUGAUAAAAUCAACGAGUUGUUAUUGGGUCAAGAUCUUAAUGAUGGAAAACCCCAUCGUGUGGAUGUGGUACAUGCGGAUUUCGCCAUAAAUGUUACACUUGAUGGUGAUUCAUCACAAACGAAAAGAAGUAAAAUUACCACCAAGUAUAAAAAGCUUGAAAUAGAUGUUGCCAUCUAUGUUGGAGGAGCACCAAGUUUCCAAAAUCUGCUAGGGGUCAAAUCGAAGUUUUAUUUUGUGGGUUGUCUCACCGAUGUGAAAUUUGAAAUUGUGAGGGGUGCCCCUCAAGGUGAAAUACAAUUCCUCAAGAAGGAUGUUGUUGAGAGUGUGAAUGUUGAUAUGACAAAAGACCGCUGCUCACCAUUAGCCUUUCAGCCAUACACUUUUUCCAAACCAGACUCUGAAUUUACUUUUGCUAUUGACAAGAAGAUUUCAAUUGCUGGAAGCUUCAAGUUUCGAACAUAUCAGAAAAAUGGUAUUCUCCUUAAACAAGGUGAUCAACAGAAUGGUUUUACCAUUAAGUUUGGAAGAAGUGGUGUUAUUUUGAGCUUGAUGAUCAAGGGCACACCAAGUGAACUGACUCUCCCCACUAAUGUCAAUGAGCCAAAGGUUGACGCUGGUAACUGGAUUACUAUUAAAUUCUCUGUCUCUGCCACUGACAUCAAGUUAGAAGGUUACAACAACAACCUACCAGUCACAAAAGCCCCAAGUGCAGCUGUGGGGAAUAAUUUUUUCCACUCUGAUGUAACAGUUGGUGGUUUCAUUGGUUGUAUGCGAGACCUGAAAGUCAAUGAUAAAGACUUUAAGCCAAUUAAUGGAGUUUCCCAAGUCAAAGGUGUGGAAUUUGACAAAUGUAACAUCAUUGAUCUUUGCGUCUUUGUCCCCUGCUUGAAUGGUGCAACAUGCACAACAAAUGGCAAGGAGCUGUCUUGUGAUUGCACAGGCACUGGCUACAAAGGAGAAGUGUGCCAGUUGGCUGAGUAUGGAGAGAAUUGCGAGGCUACCAAAAGGCAACUCAUUGGUUAUGGUGGAAAGCCAACUGAUCGUGAUUAUACUAUUGAUCUUGAUGGGCCAGGCGAACUGCCGUCUGUGAAGCUUUUUUGUAAUAUGACAGCGGAUCCAGCAGUCACAGUAAUCAAGACUUCAAAUGCAAAGGGGAAGAUCAUCACCACUGGUGAUAAAGGCACUCCAAGCCAACCCUAUACUGAAGACAUAAAGUACGUUCCUAAUUUAAAAUCAGCAAAAGCCUUGGCUAGGAAUAGUGAAGCAUGCAAGCAGUACAUUUAUUUUGGAUGCAAAGGAGCCAAACUCCUCAGUGCCCUUGAGAAGGUCAAAACCGGCUACUGGGUUGCAAGUAAUGGUCUGUAUAGAUACUACUGGGGGGGCGCCCCGCCCACUAUGUCAUCCUGUGCCUGUGGAGUGAACAAGACUUGUUCAGACAAAAGUUACAGGUGCAACUGUGAUGCAAGGGACAAGAGUGUUUGGAGAAGUGAUAGUGGAUGGUUAACUUCUACAUCAGACCUGCCUGUAACACAAGUUGUUUUUUCUGAUGUGAAUGAAGGAGAAGCAAAUUUCUCUGUUGGCUCUUUGUAUUGUACAGGUAAAACCGAGAAUACAGCAACAAUCAUUAACGAAGAUGGUGUUAUAACACUCGAUCCGUGGGAACCACCUUCACAUGGGAUCAUCUCUCUGUUGUUCAAAACACCUUAUGCUGAGGGAACAAUACUGUUCAACGGAGAUACCACGAAAGAUUAUUUCCAAUUGGCAAUCAUCAAUAAAACCAGCAUCAGACUGGAGUACAAUAUUGGCAAUGGAGUUAACAAAAUAGAAUUGUCUCUGGCAAAUGAAAAGAAAUUGAAUGAUAGUAAAUGGCACACAGUAACCGUUUAUCGCAACAUGUUACAAUUUGGACUGAAGUUGGAUGAUGAAGAAAAACAUAUAAAAAACCCGUUGUUCAAAGAGAAAGAGUUAAACGUGGCUGGUAAGCUCAAUGUUGGAACCAACCCCAGAGAUGUUACCAAAGGAUUUGUGGGCUGCAUUCGUGGACUGACCAUUAAUGGUGUAUCGAUUGACUUGGAGGGAUUAGCAAACUCCAAAGAAUUCUCGUAUGUGAAAGGUGGUUGUGGUGCGGCAUGCGACAAAGAUCAGUGCAAACUUAACAGUAAAUGCGUGGAUAACUAUAAUGUGUAUCAAUGUGACUGCAGUUUGACUCCGUUUUACGGCUACUACUGUUCUCUUGAUUAUGGUGCAUCGUUUGCUGAACAAGCCAGCGAGUUAACAUACACCUACCCUAACCCGGAGAAUGCACCCGGCGUGGAUAUAGUAGUUGGCUUUAAAGCGAAUUCCGCAGACAAAUGUGGAGGCGACUUACUUGAAAUCACUAGUAAGGACAGUCAAGAUUUCUUUCGGAUUUCAAUCAACUCGAACAAGAAACUCGUGUUUUCCUUUAAAAGCUCAAUGGGUGAUGGUUCAUUCGAGAUAAACCCCCCUGAAAACGAAGACUUCUGUGACUUAAAUAGGCACACGUUUUCACUUAUUCGCCGAAACGAGAAACUUAAUUACACCGUUGAUGGAAAGGACAAAAAGCAGCGAACAGAUAACCGGCUGAAAAACCCUUUCUCACGCAUGCAGACGAUAAUCGUUGGAAAAAAAGGUGAUACCGGUUUCAAGGGCUGCCUCACAGGUGUCAAAGUGACGCCGUUUAGUUUUGACAAGACGAAUUCAGCAAUAAGUCCCAUCAAGGAUUAUGUUUACGAUGGGAAAACCAAGGGUUACACGGCCUCUGGUAUUAGUGCGAAUAGUAAAGAGAAGUGUGGCGAGGAGCCGGAGGUGCCUGAAGGUAAACCCACCCCGCGAGAUCCGAGCAAAAGAGAUGGGGCUUCUCCAAAAACAAAUCCUUACGACCCGACGUCUGGUAGACGCACUGACGAUGACAACAAGACAGCCAUCAUAGUGGUCGUGGUGCUUAUCCUGGUCCUGCUGCUGGUAGUUUUAUUGAUUGUUAUCUACUGGUACUGGGCCAGACACAAGGGAGAGUACCACACGCAUGAAGACGACGACGAGCUCAAAAGCACUGAUCCAUACAUAGACAUGAACACCACCAGGAAAACGAUGAGUGAAGACACGGAGAAAAAGAAAGAGUGGUUCAUCUAAAGGUGGUCUACUUUGUUUAUACGAGUUUGCAUUUCUACAGCAAUCAUUGCUGUUCUUAGUCGGCCCUUUAAGCACUGCAAAAUCGUUUCAAUCAGUGCUGUGCUUGUCUGAUCCUUUUCACCUAAAUGAACCAUUUCUAAUUUCCUUAUAAAUCAUGCUAGAUGUCAUCAGUAUAUAACUUCGUUGAUGCUCGUCUCCUUAAACAUGAGGAAAAUUCGCAUUAGGGGUUUUAUGUGGUAUUCCAUGAACACCACACGUCUACUUUGCAUGUGGUGUAGAACGACUAGCAUCUUGACGGCGAAGGUUUUUCGUAAUAUGCAGAUUUACAGCGUAAAGUUAAAGUUGUUAUUUGUUUUCAAGGCGAGUUGAUGAGCAUAUCUUCUAGUUCUGACUCGCGAUGUUUCAAUGGCAGUGUAUUUUAUUACUUUAUCGAAUCAUAAAACUUGAUGUAUCAAAUUCUUUUUACUGAAGUGUAAUGUGCUAUACACAGUUGUCUAGCAUAGAGAAAGCUGAUGUAACUUCAAGCCUUCGCCUUUUCUAGGCAAUAUUAUUCCAUCGAGUCACCGUAAUGAAAAAGAGUUCGCACUAAGGAAUCAGCGGUUUUGGAGGGGUUUGCUCGGUUUUUGGCUCAAAGCGCUCAGGAAGAAAACCACGCUACGUUGCAUGAUUAUAAAUUCAUAAUUUUGAGGUAAAACUAUUAAAGUUUUCUUAAUCGACUCGCGCUUAAGCUAACCGUUGGUAAAAAGUAUGGUAAGAAAGUGCUUGUGUGUUUUAUCGAUCUUUUUUCGGUUUCAUUUAAUAAAAGUACAUUUCUGUUGAA